CAGCGGCCUCCCCGCAGGCGCCAGGCCUGCGGCACAGCAGGGCAGCACCAGUGGGCACUGCCGGACGGGUGGGUGGCCGGCCACCGAGGCCCUCCGGCAGAGUGCAGCAAUGCUCGUCGCGACGGCGUCCGUGCCCCCCAGCGCGGAUGGCCUGUGCCCCCCGGGCCCCCCGGGCCCCCCGCCGCCGCUGCUCCCGAAGCCUGGGAAGGACAACCUGCGCCUGCAGAGGCUGCUGAGGAGGGCGGCCCGGAAGAAGACCCCCGGGGCUGGGCCCUGCGCCCCACCGGGGGCUUUCCGCACCUCCCUGUCCCCCGUGAGCGAGGCCAGCCACGACCAGGAGCCCGCGGCCCAGCGCCCGGCAGAGGCCCCUCGCGUGGUGGCCACCCUCCCCCACAGCCCCGCCACCCACCACGUGGCCUCUCCGCUGCAGAAGUCCACACUGUCCUUCAGCUUCACGCAGCACAGGAGCCCGGCCACGCACACCACGGCCCUGGGGCUCCGGCUCUCGGCCCCCGGCGGCUUCGCCCACGUCCCGGCCCCCACGGCCGGGGCCGCCCACGCCAGCCAGGCACAGCUCCUGCCAGGGCCACCCCCACAGGCCGGGCCCCCCGAGCUCCCCCGGAGGGGCCCAGAUGGGGGCCCCGGCGGCCAGGACAGAGACACGGCCCCUCGCCCCCCCGCGGCCCAGCCCUCCAUCCCGGUGGCCCACAUCCGCCCCCUUCCCGCGGGGGCCCAAGAUGUCAGGCCCUGGCCCGAGGCGCCCCCUGUGCCCAGGCCGCCCCCUGGCUGCCAGGCCUCGGGGCCCAGAGAGGUCAGGCCCCGGGUCGUGGUGCCCAUCGCUCCCACCUACCGCUCGCCAGGGCCCUCGCCUCCCAGGCCGGCCCCUGCGGCCCCUGAGGUGGAGCACCUGGAGGAGCCCCCCACAGCUGGCCCUGCUCCCGAGGCUGAGCAGGCCUCUGGCCGUCAAGGGGCCUCGUCCCCUGCCCUGCCGGCGGACCCCGACGCCCGCCCUGCCCCCAGCGCGGCACCCCGGCCCCGGCUCAGCGGCUGGACGCGCCUGAAGAAGCAGCUGAUGGACGAGGCGGAUGAGCGGCCGCCCCCGGGGCCGGAGCAGAGCCCCACGCGGACGGAGCAGGCGGGGGCGGCCCCCGCCCCCCCGGCCCCCCAGCCUGCCCCGGCGCCGGCCCCCGGGCCCCCCGCCUCCAGGGCCUGCGGGCUGUGGGACGCCGUGCUGUACCGCGUGGCCGUGGCCGAGUCUCGGAGGAGCCCGGAGGGGCCCAGGGGCGGGGCGGGCGCCUGGCCUGGCCUCGGCCGCCUGCCCUACCUGUGCCGGCCUCGCUUUAAUGCCCGGAAGCUGCAGGAGGCGGCUGCCCGGCCCCUACUCACGACCCCCUCGGUGGUCCUGGAGCGGAGCCCCCAGCCCAGGAACUUCAACCGCACGGCAGCUGGCUGGAGGCUCCACUGAACGGCUUU